CUUUGGAAUUAAAUUCCGAAAAGGAAUGUGAGUUGGGAAUUGAUCAAAGAAGUUCCCCUAAAAGAAAAACCCUAAUCCCUAUAAAUACGGCCAUUCAUCGAAUCAAUUAAUUCAUCCAUUCAUCUUCGAGAAAUUCCCAAAUUCAUCUCUGUUUCUUCGAUUCCAUUCUUUGAUUGAUCAUCAAAUAUGAGGACUGUUAACCUAAGAUCAUCUGAGAACGAGAUUUUCAAGGUGAGUGAGGAGGUCGCGAAGCAAUCAGUGGUGGUUCGUAACUUUCUUGAAGAGGACAAUUCCAAUGGCGAUGAAAUCACGAUUCCGCUGCCGAAUAUCAGUGGAAAAUUGCUGGGAAUGGUGAUCGAGUGGAUUGCGAUGCAUGUCGAGGAAAAAUUAGCAGAGGAAGAUCUUCAUGCUUGGAAAACCAAGUUCAUGGAGGAUCUGGAUUUGGAUUUGUUGUUUGAGCUUAUAAUGGCUGCCAAUUACCUGGAAGUUACCGAUUUAUUUCAUGCAACUUGCCAAUGUGUCGCUGAUAAAAUCUCCGGAAAGAGUCCGGAGGAGAUUCGGAAGAUCUUUAACAUCACGAAUGAUUUUACACCUGAAGAAGAGGCUGAGAUUCGACGCCAGAAUGCUUGGGUCUUCGAACCAUCCGGUAGCGGUAGCACCAGCGGCAGUAAAUAAAUUUUUGAUUUCGCUAACUUUUAGUUCAUGUUUUUGAGGAAAAAACAAGAUGGGUGUCAAUAGAAUAUAUUAGAAAUAUUAAAGAUUCAUGGUUUACUAUUUGCUGUUUUCAAAUUUUUGAGGCAAUCCAUGAGUUUUUGUUUUCAAAUGUUAAUGUUCUUGCUGGAAAAAAUACUGAUGUGUCGCAAUAUUAUUAAUUUCUAUGUUGAAACCUUUCUUUA